UGUGGAAUCUCAGAGUCUUGGUUCUGCCUUUCUCGGGGUCCCUAGGCUUGUCAUGUGCCUCCGAAUGACAGCUGUAAAGCCUGUUGGUGCAGUGCCAGCCGCAGAGUAAGGACCCAAUGUGUUUAGUUGUCGCUCUCUGUGGUCGUUUGAGUUCAUUCUCUUCAGUUUUCUGCAGUACGAGGGCGUGUUAGAAAUAAUGGCUUUGCUGACUGUGUUUUUAUGAAAAUGACUAAUAAAAGGUAAGCUUUGUGGUGUACACUUAAAAUGAGGACCUGAGAGGCAAAAGCAGGUGAAUGUCUGUAUUUGAUGGUCAUUUUAGCUGUACAGUCAGUUCUAGCCUAGCUGGACUACACAGUAAACCGGGUCUCAAAACCAAUAACAAGGAAAACAAAAUGAACUAACGUAGAACAGUUUUUUUUUUUAGAUGAAAUGUCUCGUAUUGUGUACAGCGUGGUCAUUUGGAGUCUUCGUGUCCUUGGGGAUGACUAAAUCUGCCUGUCACAUUUUUGUAGUGAGCACACUGAAUGUCUACUCUCCGAGUUUUUCAAAACCCCUUGUCAUAGUCACUGUGCUGCUUGAGGUAUCUGGAACUUGUGUUGUGUCGCUGAAAUUGUGUAGUCCUUGGUCAGCGUCUUCCCGACUGCCUUCCGGGUCGGCAUCUCCCACUCUCAACCACGGUGUUGCACAUGCAGCCUCAGCCACUCACACCCCGUUACCUGCCAUCGUACCUGGUCCUGUGAGAUAACGGUUUCAGGUUCUGCAUGGAGAUGGUGGGCUUUGUCUUUUUGUUUAAAGGGAGGAUCCUGAAGAAGAAUGGCCAGCUCUGGGUCUCAGGACGUGGUCUGUGGGUCAGUGACAUUUAGGGAUGUGGCUGUUGUCUUCUCUCAGGAGGAGUGGGCCUGCCUGGAUGCUGCUCAGAGGGUCUUAUACAGGGACAUGAUGUUGGAGACUUACAGAAACCUCUUCACAGUGGUGGGAAGUUCCAUUUCCAAACCCGAUCUGAUCACCUUACUGGAGCAGGAGAGAGAGCCCUGGAUGGCUGUGACAGAAGAAGCAGACAGGCCCAGCCCAGAUUUGGAGUCAUGUAAUGAAGCUGAAAAUACAUCUCCAGAAAAUCAUAUUUAUAAUAGAAAUCUACUCAAACAGAGUAAUCAACAAUUAAGUAAAGCUUUUGACCUCAAGGCCUCCAGUUUCAGCAAUGGCCCCAGUUAUAGUACAUUCAAGGAACUACAGAGUUACCAAGGACAUGUUGAUCAAAAGAUUAGUAACAAAGAAAAUCUGCCUACUUACACCUGUCAGACUCUUGUUCACAAUAUAGAAAAAGCCUAUGAAUGUAAAGAGUGUGGUGAAUACUUUGGUUGUAGUUCAACUCUUAUUCAGCAUCAGAGUAUGCAUACUGGAGAGAAACCCUGUGAAUGUAAGGAUUGUGGGAAAACCUUCAGAUUCCACCAACAACUUAAGAAGUCUCACAGUGGUGAGAGACCUUUUGAAUGUGAGGAAUAUGGAAAGGAUUUUCAACUUCUCAGCCUGCUUAAGUACCAUAAAACCAUUCAUACAGGUACUAAACCAUUUGAAUGUGAGGAAUGCGGGAAGUCUUUCAAGCGAGUCUCCAGCCUUGUUGAUCAUAGGAUUAUUCAUGCUGGUGUGAAGCCAUAUGAAUGUAAAGAGUGUGGGAAAGCCUUUAAUCGUCGUUCAAACCUCAUGCAGCAUCAGAAAAUUCACUCUGGUGAGAGACCCUUUCAGUGUAAGGAGUGUGGAAAAGCCUUCACUGUUCUGGCACAGCUCACUCGGCACCAGAACAUUCAUACUGGAGAGAAAUCAUUUGAAUGUCAGCAGUGUGGGAAGAUAUUCAGAACUGGUUCAUACCUUGUGCGACAUCAGAGUAUUCAUACUGGUGAGAAACCCUUUGAGUGUAAUGUCUGUGGGAAGGCUUUUAGGCUUCAGGUAUACCUCUCUGAGCAUCAGAAAACUCACACUGAUGAGAAACCUUUCAAUUGCAAGCUGUGUGGGUCAGCCUUCAGACGAAAGAACCAACUUAGUGAACAUCAGAGAACUCAUACUAAUGUGAGACCCUAUCAGUGCAAGGAAUGUGGCAAAUUCUUUCGCCAACGUUCAAAUUUGAUUGACCAUCAGAGUAUUCACACUGGAAAGAAACCCUUCAAGUGUAAAGAAUGCGGGAAGGUCUUUAGACUUAAUAUACUUCUCAUUCGUCAUCAGAGAUCUCACAGUGGUGAGAGACCUUUUGAGUGUAAAGAAUGUGGAAAGGCUUUUCAUCUUCCCAGUCAGCUUAAUAACCAUAAAACCGUUCAUACAAGCAAAAAACCCUUUGAAUGCAAUGCAUGUGGGAAGUCCUUCAAACGUGUCUCCACCCUUGUUCAACACAGAAUUAUUCAUGCUGAUGUGAAACCAUAUAAAUGUAGUGAAUGCGGGAAAGCCUUUAAUCGUAGCUCAAACCUCACACAACAUCAGAAAAUUCACUCUGGUGAGAGACCCUUUCAGUGUAAGGAGUGUGGAAAAGCCUUCACUGUUCUGGCACAGCUCACUCGGCACCAGAACAUUCAUACUGGAGAGAAAUCAUUUGAAUGUCAGCAGUGUGGCAAGAUAUUUAGUUGUGGCUCAUUCCUUUUGCGUCACCAGAGUGUUCAUACCGGUGAGAAACCCUUUGAGUGUAGUGUCUGUGGGAAGGCUUUUAGGCUUCAGGUAUACCUCUCUGAGCAUCAGAAAACUCACACUAAUGAGAAGCCUUUCAAGUGCAAGCUGUGUGGGUCAGCCUUCAGACGUAAGAACCAACUUAGUGAGCAUCAUAGAAUCCAUACUGAUGAGAGACCAUAUCAGUGCAAGGAGUGUGGGAAACACUUCCGUCGACGUUCUAAUUUUACUGAGCAUCAGAGUAUUCACACUGGAAAGAAACCAUUUGAGUGUAAGGAAUGUGGGAAAGUCUUUAGACUUAAUAUACAUCUCAUUCGACAUCAAAGAUUUCAUAGUGGUGAGAGACCUUUUGAGUGUAAGGAGUGUGGAAAGGCUUUUCAUCUUCCCAGCCAGCUUAAUUACCACAAAAACAUUCUUCAUACAGGUCAAAAAAUGUUUGAAUGUGAGGAAUGCGGGAAGUCUUUCAAGCGUGUCUCCAGCCUUGUUGAUCAUAGGAUAAUUCAUGCUGGUGUGAAGCCAUAUGAAUGUAAAGAGUGUGGGAAAACUUUUAAUCGUCGCUCUAACCUCAUGCAACAUCAGAAAAUUCACUCUGGUGAGAGACCCUUUCAGUGUAAGGAGUGUGGAAAGGCCUUCACUGUUCUGGCACAGCUCACUCGUCACCAGAGUAUUCAUUCUGGAGAGAAAUCAUUUGAAUGUCAGCAGUGUGGGUCAGCCUUCAGACUUCAGUCCCAACUUCGUCAACAUCAGAGAGUUCAUACCAACAUGAAACUCUUUCAGUGCAAGGACUGUGGGAAGGACUUUAUUCGUAGUACAGGCCUUAGAAUUCACCAGAGAAUCCACACUGGUGAGAAGCCCUUUCAGUGUAAGGAAUGUGGGGAAGCCUUUCAGUAUCGGUACCAAUUUCUUGGACAUUUUAGAAUUCAUACUGACAAGAAUCCUUAUGAAUGUAAAGAAUGUGAGAAGUACUUUACUUGUGGUAGAGACCUUGAAGUACAUCAAAGAAGUCAUACUAGUGAGAAAUUUUACCAAUGUUGAGAAUGUGGAGAAGCCUUUAGUGGUAAUUCUAAUCUAGAAGUAUGUCAGAGAAUUCACACUGGUGAGAAACCAUGUGCAUCUAAGGAAGGUUGGGAAAUGUUUAGAUUUAGUUCAGCCUUCGCUGCACAGUGGAGCAGUCAUACAGGCCUGAACACUGUCACUGUAAGAAUGCAAAGACUUUCAAUUCGAGCUGAGGCCUUGUUUUAACAUAAGGGAAUCCAUGCUGGAGUGAAACCCUGUGAAUACAAGGAAUGUGGGAACAUUUAUAGAAUUAGCUCAGCUCUGAAACGUCGUCAGAGCCCUUAUAGUUCUGCAACCCUAUAAAUGUGAAGAAUGUGGGAAAGCCUUUAUUGUAAAUCAUGAGCUUACACAUCAGAAAAUCCGUCAUUGUUAGGAGUCCUAUGCUUGUAAGGAUGGUGGACAAGACUUUGUAUGGAAAUUUUACUGAACGUCAGAGAAUUCAUUGGCAAGACUGGCUAGAAAUAAUGUGGGAAGAACUUUAAUCUGCCCUAGGAUUUGGUCAACAUCAGAGUAUUCCAAGAAACCCUUAGCGAAUCAGAAUGUGGGAAGUCUGUUGUUUAGAGAUGAAACUCUAUUGAGAAUAUCUUUGAAUGUCAGAAAUAAAGGAUAACCAUCAC